AACUCAGGACCCGUCAAUUAUUUGGUCUUUGCCUGGGCUUGUUUUUAUUGAACAAAGCACCUGGAGUUUAAAGCUCAUAAAAGUGACAUCAUAAGUCGUAACACCAAGCUGGCAAUACCUCAUCGAUUCCGAUCGAUUGGAAUCCGGUCAAAUAAAAUCUAGCCGACUGUCUUGCGAUUCUUUCUUAAAAGCUGCGUCGUUUCACAUAUUUUUCUUUUUUCCAUCAACCAGCGGGACCUUCUGCGUAAAACUGAUCUGAUCUGAUCAACACCCCGCGACUCACAGAUACAUCUCAAUUCCCUGCAACGUCCCAGCCUCAACUUUCAUCCUCUCAUCACAUAAGUCUCUUGCGAUGUCGCCUCAAGAAUCUGGCCCAAAAAUGUCUUCUGCUACAAAGGAGGUCCUUUCCAAGGUGCGGCGCAUGAUUCCGCCAAUGCUAGAGAAGUUUCACAAGGGCCAGCUGGGCAGAGUCGCCGUCAUCGGCGGUAGUGAAAAUUACACAGGCGCACCCUACUUCUCGGCCAUGGCGAGCGCAAGGCUGGGCUCUGAUCUGUCGCAUGUCAUUUGCACGCCGGCUGCCGCGACUGUCAUCAAGUCAUACUCGCCAAACCUCAUGGUCCAUCCGCUGAUGCGACAGAGUGAAAACGCCAAAAAAGAACAGGAGCCUGCGGCUUGGAAUGCUUCCAAGGACCCCGAGUCCAAUGCUGACCACAUUGCGGCACAAAUCAAAGACCUAUUGCCUCGCCUCCAUGUCCUCGUCAUCGGGCCUGGUCUGGGUCGUGAUCCCCUGAUGCAUGCCACUGUCGCCCGCGUUAUCCGCGCUGCUCGCGAGCAAGAGCUCCCCAUUGUAUUGGAUGCUGAUGCUCUGGCGAUCGUGCACACGCAACCCGAGCUGGUGAGCGGUUACGACGGUGCUGUACUGACACCCAACGUUGUCGAGUUUGGCAAACUGUGCGACGCACUCAAAGUCAAGGUCGACGACAAUGCGCCUGAGACCGCUCGCGUUGAGGCUCUGGCCAAGACUCUUAAGGGUGUGACAGUAGUUCAGAAGGGUGCCAAGGAUUACAUCUCCAACGGCGAAACGACACUGACCGUGGACCUUGAAGGUGGUAAGAAGAGGAGUGGUGGACAGGGAGAUACUCUGACUGGUUCAAUUGCCACAUUUCUGGGAUGGAGGAGAGCCUACCUAGACCGUCUGUGGGAUGUCGGCAAGGAUCCCAUCGGCGAGCAUGAGUUGGUUGGACUUGCAGCCUUCGGAGGCUCUGCUAUCACAAGAGAAUGUUCUCGUCUAGCCUUUUCCAAGAAAGGACGCAGUCUACAAGCAAGCGACUUGACUGACGAAGUUCACAUCUCAUUUCUCAACAUCUUUGGUGAGGACGAUGAGGUAGAUGAAUCCAAGCUGUAAUUAUAAUUACGGCUCUUUUAUAUAGAUGACCCAGCUACGAAUGUAUGACGUAAGUUAUCUGAUAGCCUUAUAAGUGUAUACCGUUGUCCGUGAGUUGAUGUUGGAUAUUUAACGUGACAUUCCACUGCAAGCAACAGUGCCAACCUGGCGCAAGGAAUAAGCUCAGAUAAGAACACAAGGAACACCGCAGCGUAGCAACAAUCGCAGGAACCCAUUUAAGGCUGGCCUCAUUCAGUCUUCAUUUACGAAUAUGUACCGGAACAUGAUGCUCAUCAACCGA